CAGCAGCUAAUCUCUUCAAUACACUUCCACUAUAAAAGAACAAGAAAAUCCUCAGAAGAGCAUCACUUAGCUAACUGAUAUUUCCAGAGCUAACUCGUCUCGCAAUAAUGGCUUUCAAGUUUGCCCUUCUCUUCGGCCUCGUCGCCUUCGCCAGUGCUUGCUCUCAAGCUCCCGGAACCACCACCACCACUGUCACCACUACCGUCACCACCGUCUCUGCUGAUGAAGGAGAUGAAGGAAUCUUGAGCUCUCACGACCGCAGUGUCAUCCGCAAGACCUGGGACCAAGCCAAGAAGGACGGUGAUGUCCCUCCUCAAGUUCUCUUCCGCUUCGUCACUGCCCACCCCGAAUACCAAAAGAUGUUCAGCAAGUUCGCCACUGUUCCCCAGAACGAACUUAUGGGCAACGGAAACUUCUUGGCCCAGGCUUACACCAUCUUGGCCGGUUUGAACGUCGUCAUCCAGUCCCUGUCCAGCCAGGAACUUUUGGCCAACCAAUUGAACGCUCUCGGCGGUGCUCACCAGGCUCGUGGAGCCACCCCCAUCAUGUUUGAGCAAUUCGGUGAAAUCUUGACCGGAGUCCUUGCUGAAGAGCUCGGCAGCGCCUUCAACGCUGAGGCCAAGAGCGCCUGGAAGAGCGGACUCGCCGCUUUGGUUGCCGGAAUCUCCAAGACCCUCAAGAAAUCCGAGGAUUUGGCCGAUCCCCAAACCAAAUUGUCUCCUCACAUGAUUGGUGAUGUUCAGAGGUCAUGGGAGAACAUCCGUGGAGGUCGCAACGCUAUGGUCUCCGACAUCUUCAUCAAGCUCUUCAAGGAGACUCCCCGCAUCCAGAAAUUCUUCACCAAGUUCGCCAAUGUCGCUGCCGAUGCUCUGCCCGGCAAUGCCGAUUACGAGAAGCAAGUCGCCCUCGUCGCCGACCGUGUUGACACCAUCAUCUCCGCUCUGGAUGACAAACUGCAGCUUUUGGGUAACGUUAACUACAUGCGCUACACUCACAUCGCCCGUAGCAUUCCCCGUGGACCUUGGGAGGACUUUGGCCGUCUCCUCGUCCAGUCUUUGGCUGCUAAGGGUGUUUCUUCUGACGAUUUGGACUCGUGGAAGAGCGUUUUGUCCGUCUUGGUCAACGGAAUUGCUCCCUAGAUUUAAAUAUCUUACUGGAGUUCUCCAAAAUCAAUGCUCAAGCAAUAAUGAGGAGAAGAAAAAAUUUCUGAACCGUCUGAUUCUGACAUUUUUUUUAUUGUUAUUAUUUUUUUUUCCCAAAUACAAUUACUUAAAAAAAAGGUCUCUCAACUGUGUCUUUAUUAAAUCAAAAUGAAAUUAUACUGCCUGAUUUGAUUGGGUUUUGUGCCUACAACAUAAGACAUCAUCUUCAGUCUUUUCUGAGUUUCUGAAAUUUCUAGCUCAACCGAAAAUCAAAAUUGCAGCUAUCUAUAUUUCGUUUGUAAUCAAUACGAUUUCAAGAA